CGAAUUGUCCCAGUGAAUUCCUUCGACGGAAGUGAGAGAUAUCCUUUGAAAGUUAUGGAGGAAAAAGACUUAGAAGCUUUCUCGUCGAGUGAGAACAAAUCUGGCUUUGCAGCAGAUGAUGACGAAGAGUUUCAUUCUGGUGGUUCAGGGUCCAGGUUACAGUUCAGAGUAGGAUCUUCCAAGGCUCGUUGGAUUACCGAAUUAGGAAUGGCUCAAGUUGAGAUUAAAAGAGGGAAACUUUGGACAACAACAGGAAUCAUUCGUAGCGGAAAGACAUAUUGCUUCAUAGAAGAAGCUUUGUAUUUGAGUGAAAUAGGAGAGUUGCAGAUCUUGAGUAAUGAAGAUGAUGAUAUAGUGAUUCCAAUGAAGGACUUGUAUGAGAAAAUUGCAGAUGGAAAAAGUGGCUGCUGUUGGGAAAACUACGAGGUUUAUAAAUACUUAAAGGGUCUAGGUUACAUCCUAAGCAGGCAUGGAGUUCCUUGGACGUCAAAGGAUGCUGCAAUUACGACACCAAGUGAUGAAGAAGAGUCAGUUUGUGCCGGUAACGAGGAUACUGUUAUUGAACUCUUGGGGGAUAUGCAAAUCUGUGAUGCAAGAGCUGUGUUUGAUGUGUAUUUACCAAACAGCCGGUUCAAAAAGUCUUCUCCUGGUGAACCGAGCUUUGUGGCUUGCUUCUUCGGGGAGUCUCCACCUAGCAAAGAAGAUAUUAAACUCCUGCAAAGCGGUGUAGCUGCGCUGUUAAGGUUCUGUCAUAUUGCUCAGGGCCGUGUCAGUUUCUUUUUUUUCAGUUCCAUAGACCUCCCUGUCUUACCAUAAAUGUAACAAAAAAAAAUGCGUUUGUAUUCUUUAGACAAUGUAACUAUGAGGUUUUUUAUUACAUGAGACUUGGAGUAACUUU